AUGUUAUCUUGCAAGCAUGCCCUUGACAAAACAACUGUAAAGAAGGUAAACUUAAUCAAUGUCUGGCUUUUUACUCCCUGUCUUCUCUUCGCCAACGUGGCUUUCUCGCUUACUCCCGAAAGCUUGAAGGAGCUUUGGAUUAUCCCUCUCUGGUUUGUCAUUGUCUCUAUUGUGUCCGGGGCAGUUUCGUGGUUCAUGGCCACUACCCUUGGGCUCACGAAGUCGCAGCGGAAUUUCUGCGUGGCAGCAGCAAUGUUUAACAGCACAGACUCACUGCCAAUAGCCCUCAUGCAGAGCUUAGUCAUUACAGUCGGUGACCUCAAAUGGACUUCGGAUGAUACCACGGAAGCGAUGAUUGGGAGAGGAUUCGGAUAUAUGGUCCUCUACGCAACCUUCGAAAACAUGGGACGGUGGUCAUAUGGCAUUCAUUUGUUGUCCCAAGUAGAUGACGACACCUACCCGCCCCACACAGCCAGAGAUGCAGAACAGGUGGAUUCGGCGGGGGUGGUCCCCCGACAACUCCCCAAUACAUUAUCAGUGUCCCCUUCGAGCUCCAGUGACGAAUGGGGAGACUCUGCUCUACCAUACCGAAGAGUGGUCACACCCCCGACAUCAAGCAAAUGGCAUUCCCGCAUGCGCCGGGCAACACACGCCCUUUGGACCUCCCUUUCAAAGAUCAACAAGUUCAUGACAGUUCCCAUGUAUGCCGCGCUUUCCGCUUUCAUUGUCGCGCUCAUUCCACCCCUGCAGUAUGUGCUGAAAGAGGAAGUUCCACCCGUGAAGGGAUUUUUAACCAGUACUGGUGCAUGCACGAUCCCUAUCACGUUGCUGACACUUGGUGCAUACUUCCACGAUGAGCCACCCUUAAAGAAAUUGCCAUCUUCUGGCGAGCUGUCGACCUCCCCUACGUUGACAUGCGAUGAUCGAGUUGGAGAUGGACCUCGAAUAUUCGAGAGUCACACAGAAUCAAGCGACCGCUCGUGGCUUCGCUCAGAGGAAGAUGAAUAUCUCGAAGGACGCGAAUCUUUGUCACAGGUUGGGUGGGGGCCCGCCGUUACUACUAGGUCCACAGGGUUGUGGAAGAAUGCCUUGGGACAGAGGUUCGGGGGCAUCGGGAGGGAAACGCUAGGGAGAGAGAGACAGCCCGGCGAGUCAACUUCAGUCAUCGUGUCAUGCCUGGCACGGAUGGUCAUAACACCUUCGAUCCUUCUGCCUGUGAUGGCUGCAUUGUCAAGCUACAAUGCCCACGCUUUGUUCGAAGACCCUGUCUUCGUGUUGUCGAUCAUAUUAAUAACGUCCUCACCGCCUGCUCUAGCGCUUGUUCAAAUGAUACAAGUGGCAUCGGGGGAGGCGUCCGAAAUUCUUCUCAGGCGAACAUUCUUUUGGGCAUAUUGCGUGCUUACCCCGCCUCUUACUUUGUUUUAUACCGUGAUUGGGUUAUACCUUGUGCGGCCAUGACACGCCACCAAUCCCCUUGGCUGCAUUCCUAGAAUUCAGAUUUGUCUCCUUUCAUCACUUUCCGCUCAAAUCUAGAGUAAUAUGCUGUAAUGACUUCUGGCAUUGGUUUUAGUCUUGAGAUACGCUGUAAUGUGUAUGGUUGAACAGUCUACUCAUUCAAACCCUGGUGACAUACCACCAUUUAACCUGAAUGUAUCACAGCUCAUUCACAAGCCUGG